AUGCUAUAUUGCUUAAUUUUUUUGUGUACAAGCUUAAAAUAUACUCUUGCAGCAUUUCUCGGAAACAACAAAUAUGCUAUUGUUGGCGGUGCUGCAGUUAAGCUCCUAGGAUCUACCCGAACGACAGAGGAUGUCGACUUCGUCGUUCCCCAGGGCGCCGUAGCAGCUGCGCGAACGAUCCUAGCAGCUGCCCCAGCCCAUUUCAUUGUCGACCCAAGGACCCGUCACACCCACUACAGGACCUCUCCGCCUGUAGAAAUCGAAAUCGUCUCCCCUCCUGCCCUUUUCCGGGAAACCUUCAAUGCAGAUACACCCACCCAUACGAUCACCAUUGGUAGUGCCUCCAUCAAGAUUCUCAGCCCAGUGCUCAUACUGAAUUCGAAAUGCCGCUCUAUCUUGGGACGACCAACUGAGGCCAAGAAAGUGUCCGAUGCCGCGGACAUCAAGUUCCUUCUCCGGUGGUUGGCAACUAACAAUGCCUUCCCAACAGCCCAGGAUGUCCCAAAUGCCACUAAGGAAUUUGUUGAGUGGUUUAUCGCGACAUACACUGGCGCGGAGUACUGGACGAGUGCGAGAUACAAUUUCCAGACAGGUGGGUCUCAUUUCCCCAAAUUCCAAUUCUUCAAGUUAACAUUCCCUAUUAACAGGUUCGUUCUGAGGCCUCGAGCACACCCUCGAGGUUCGGACUGUCAGAUGAUCAGUCAUGGGCCCGUACAGAGUCAGUGUUGGAAUUAA